UUUACACAUUCCCGUAUUUUUGUUAUUGCGGAAGUAUAAACGUUAUCUUUACCUACCCAAAAUCCAGAGGAAGAAGGAAACCAGUGACUUAAAAUGGCAGCCUCACUCUGCAAUUUAUCCCUCUCCUCGCCAGUAAUGCUGAAGAAAUCGAACCCAGUGAGAGUAAAAGUAUCAUCAUUUUCGAAUUCGUCAUUGUUGAGAAGGAGAGAUUAUAGAGGUUUUCAGGUGAAAGCUUUCUUUUUAAAUCCAAUGGAUGAACCCCUUAUUAAAGAAGCUCUUAUUAAGGAACCUGUUGCGUUCAUGGGAGGGAUGUUUGCGGGUCUAUUAAGGCUCGAUUUGAACGAAGAUCCACUAAAAGAGUGGGUUACAAGGACCGUGGAAGCAACAGGGAUGACCGAGGAAGAAAUUGAUUCAGAAGGGUCAAAAUCAGACGAAGAAGCUCCUCAAGAAAUUGUUAUUGAGUGAUGGGUGGUAUCUCAUAUAUCCACUAUACAGGUUAAGUAUUUAGACUGUUGUGAGUUAUUCACUUGAAAUGUGAUGUAAAUACAAUAUAUAUGUAAUCCUAGUAAAACCCAUUUGGAUAGGAAGAAUAUUUGUUUUUUGCCAUCAAGAUAUGUAUAAGCUAGUUUUGUUGGGGUUCGGUGCAUCAA